AUGAGUGUCUCGGUAUCUUCUUCGACGCGCAAAACCAGAUUACAGGUGGCUCUUGAAAACAAAAGAGUUAUUGCAUACUGUCUGUAUGUCUCUCUUGCUGCCAUCACAUAUGGUUUCGAUGGUGCUGUGAGCGGUUAUCUUCUAUCAUUACCGGUGUUUGUACAACACUUUGGUUACAACUACAACGGCACUUUUGUCGUCCCUGCCAUCCAUCAAUCCACAUGGAACGGUGUAGUAGUAGCAGGUGGUGUUCUUGGUGCCUUCGUUGCUGGUCCUAUUGGUAACCGUCUCGGACGACGAUACCUCUUCAUCAUUGGUAGUGUAAUCUCAGCAUGCGGAAUUCUUGCCCAAGAACUUGCAGACGAAUGGAGAGUCAUGGCCGCCGGAAAGUUCAUCAACUACAUCGCCAUGUCCAUGUACGCUGUUGGAGCUCCGACAUACAUUUCCGAGAUCUGCCCAGUGGAGCUUCGUGGUAUCGCUCUCACAUUCUUCAACUUCUUCACCCUGAUUGGUCAAUUCAUCUGCUCUUGCGUUAUGCAAGGUACGAUGAAGCGCACCGAUGCCUUGUCCUUCCGUAUUCCUAUCAUCGUGCAGUACGGUGUUCCAUUGAUUCUCUUCGUCGGCACCUGGUUCAUUCCCGAGACUCCCUACUGGCACGCCGAGAAGGGUCAGAACGACGCUGCCAAGGCUUCAUUGGAGAGAUUGCACGGAGGAAAGGUUGAUUUCGAGGAGCGCUUCAGAGACAUCCAGUCUGAGAUCGAGCAUAACCAGAAGGCCUCUACUGUCAAGUUCAUCGACUGUUUCAAGGGCUCAAACUUGAGACGUACAAUCAUCGCCGCAGGUAUUCUCAGUGGACAGCAGCUUGUUGGUGUAGCUUUCGUUUUUGGAUACACCACAUACUUCUUCAUCCUCUCCGGAAUUGCCACUGCCCAGGCUUUUACCAUCACUGCUAUCAUGUUCGCCUUGCAGGUUGUUGCAAACAUGUGCUCUUGGUAUUCUAUUGACCGCUUCGGACGUCGUUUCCUUCUCCUUGUUGGAACUAGCAUCAUGUUUGUGUCCCUUUACAUCAUUGGUGGAGUCGGCACCAACCCGCUGUACACCACCGGACACUUCCCCAAGGUCGUUGUCUCAUUCAUGGUUAUCUUCUCGGUCUUCUACCAGCUGUCUCUCGGAUCAGUCGGAUGGACAGUGGCGUCAGAGGUCAGUUCAUCUGUGAACCGUGCCUCCACUCAGGCCAUUGCCGUCUUCUGGAGUACCAUUUUCGGUUUCGUUAUCUCCUUCACUAUCCCGUACCUUAUCAACCCCGAUGAGGCCAACCUUGGACCAAAGGUCGGAUUUAUCUAUGGAUCCUUCACUUUGAUCGUCUUGGCAUUCAUCUGGUUCUGCGUGCCAGAGAUGAAGGGCAGAAGCUACGAGGAGCUUGAUUACAUGUUCCGAAAUGGAAUCCCAACCAGGGCAUUUGAGAAUUUCAAAGUGCCUGCUGGUGAGAUCACGGAGAUUGGAAGCGCGCAUCUGUCAAAUGAGAAGCACAGAUCUUCACCAGAUGUUGCGGAGGUUGCCGUAUAA